AGUAGCUCUAGAAGAAUGGCAAGCUUCACCACCAAACUAGGAGGAAUUGCAAGAACUCCAACUUCUAGGAUUCUUUCAAGACAGUUUCAAGGUGGUUCACAUCAAGGAGGACGAGACGCAGCACAACAAGUAGGAAAUGAAGCUAGGAAUGCUGGUGAGCAGGUAGCAAAUCAGGCCAAUGAUGUGGCCGGGAAGGUGUCUGCAACAGCGCAAGAAGUGAGUGAGAAAGCAAAGCAGACAGUGCAGGAUGCUUGGGGCUCAGCCAAGGACACAGCGCAGAAGGCAGCCGAUAGCGUCAUGGGAAAGGCGCAAGAAUCAAAGGAGUUUGUCAAGGAAAACGCAGAGCAGGUCAAGAAAAGCAUGAACACCAAGGGUCCUGUCAAUUAA